CUUCACCCUUUAUAGCAGGGCUGUUCUCCUCCUCCUCAAAACGAGCUGAGCUCCUGCAGCCAUGCCUACCGAACCCUGUCUGGGCGAUGUGCACGCAAUCCAGCGGUGUGUGUCCGGGGCAGGCUCCUACAGCUCCGCACUUUAACUGGGCGCCGUUCGGAAGGGGACUCUCCCUUCAUGCCAGUACAGUUCCCAGGACUCCUCCGUGUCCCUUCUCAACACCGACCUCUGGCCACCACUUCUCCGAGCCAAGCAAUCGUUAGGGAAUGACUCUCCGGACGAGAGGUGGCCUCCGCAGCGGCCGGGCGUGCUCGCCCGCCAGCGAGGAGGAGGAGGCCGGCAGCGAGGUGCUGAGCCACUGCAGCAGCGCCAGCGAGGGGGCCAGCCCCGCCGAGGAGGCCGCAGGGAACGAGGCGGUGGGUGAGCAAGGCCAGGAGGAGGAGGUAGAGGACAGGUUGAAGGAGCACAUGGACAACCUCCUGGACAAGAGCGCCAAGACACGGCAGGCAGCACUGCAGAGCCUGCGCCUGGCCUUCUCCUCCAAAACCCUCUCCGAGUUCCUGCUGGAGCGUCGCCUCACGCUCACCGACUCCCUGGAAAAGUGUCUCAAGAAAGGUAAAGGGGAGGAACAGGCAUUGGCAGGCACUGUCCUCACCCUCCUCUGCCUCCAGAUGGGCUCUGGCUGGGAGGGGGAAGAGAUCUUCCGUAGCCUGAAGCCGCUGCUCACCAACAUCCUGACAGACAGCACAGCCAGCCCUGGUGCCCGGCAAAGCUGUGCCACAGCCCUGGGCAUGUGUUGCUACAUUGCUGCUGCUGACCUCGAGGACCUGAUAUUAUGCAUGUCUUGUCUGGAGGGUAUCUUCAGCCCACCCAGUGCAGGCGAGGGGGGCUCAGCACUCAUCCAGCACGGCCCUCUGCACUGCAGUGCGCUCCAGUCGUGGUCCCUGCUCCUCACCAUCUGUCCCCCCUCCCACAUCAAGAGCAUCUUGGAUGAUGGCUGGCUGAAGCUGCCCCCGCUGCUGUCCAGCAACUUUGUCACCCUGCGCAUCCUGGCCGGGGAAACCAUCGCGCUGGUCUUUGAACUGGCCCAGGACCUGGAGGAGGACUUGUGCCACCAAGAUACAGAGUUCCUGCGUGCCCAGCUCAAGGUCCUGGCUACUGAGAGCAACAAGUACCGAGCCAAGACGGACCGUCGGAAGCAGCGCUCCAUCUUCCGGGACAUCCUGCGCUUCAUCGAGAGCGGUGAGUACCAGGAGGAGACCAUCCGAUUUGGCCUGGAGUGCAUGUUCCUGGACAGCUGGGCACGCCAGCGGACAUACCAAGCCUUUAAAGAGGUGCUGGGCUCCGGCAUCCGACACCACCUCCAGGUAGGGCCCAGGCAGGGAUGCCAGAGGGACGCUGGGCCGGUGCCGGUAAUUGCUGACAGUCCCCUGCUUCUGCAGAACAAUGAGCUGCUUCGGGAGAUCUUUGGCCUUGGGCCCCCGUUGGUGCUGGAUGCGGCCGCUCUGAAAGCCAGCAAGGUCUCCCGCUUUGAGAAGCACCUCUACAACUCAGCUGCCUUCAAAGCCCGCACGAAAGCGCGGAGCCGGGUACGGGACAAGCGUGCGGACGUGCUGUGACGGGCAGCGGGGCAGAGCCCCAGCCCAGCUGGACUGCAGACCCAGCACUGUGAGGGGCAGGUGCCCCCAGCCCUUGGGCUUUUAUUCCUGUACAGCAGAGUAUUUAAUGCCUGGAGCUGCCCCACUGGGGGCUGCCCCCUCUUUUAUUUUUUUAAUCAAAACAAAGGCUAAAAGAAGAGCUGGGGGGAGGGGGAGAGGUGGGGGGAGUGUGCUGCUGUGUGCCCGCUCUGCGGCUGGGGCUCCACGGGGCACAGUGGGAGGGGUCUCACAGGGCUCCUGUCCCCCUUCCCCAGGCCCAUGGGGGCACCGGAGUGGCCUGGAGCAGGGGUGGGAAGGCAGAGCCCUGUGAGGCAGCCAGCCCUGCUCUGCGCAGGAGCGCUGCCCCAGCUGCCCACCGCCACACUGCCCCUGCCUCUGCAGCGCCUGGCACCCAGGGGUGGCAGAAGGUGGGACAGGCUCUGCCCAGCCCUGCUGACUGCCCAUUCGGAGCCCUUUUCCAGCCAAAUGCUUUAUACGAAAUAGUCCUCUUGUGGGAAAUUAAUUAAAGGGGGGUGGCACAGCAGGCAAGUGCCGGUGCUGCCUGCAGAGCCUUGGGGGCUGCUGCCUGGGCAGGCACGGGGCUGUGCCAGCUGGGCGUGCCUGUAACCUCGGGAAUGUAUCUAUGGUGGUGAUUUUAUAAGACUUUGGUUACUGGAGGUAAAUAAAAGGCUUAAGUGGA